ACUUGGAAUGGACUGACCCAUGUGAUUUUUGUAGUGGUCAAGAUUUAUUUUGUAAUGAAAUUCUAAUUUUAGAAUUUCAUUUAAUUUAAAGUUCUUUCAUUGACAUUCUGGUCUUUUUUCACUAUGGCUAAUGAUUUUCUGCAUUACCCACAAUGCCAAUCAACUACCCACUGAUGGUGGCGCAAAUGGGAGUUAGCCCUUGCUUCAACUCUACCUAAAGAGAGUGAUGCGGCUGCGCUUUAACCUUUAGUCUGUCCAGCUCUAUCACCUUCUCAUCUGUACCUUCUGCUCAAACAGAUGAAGUUCCAAAAUUUCACGCUAAUACCAUCAUCAACACCAUUGUGCUUGUCAUCUGGUGUCAUCUGGUCAUCGGAACAAUUGUGCUGUAUAGUUGCAUUGCAUUCUGAAACUUGGAGGCCAGUGUCUGCUAUCAUCACCUACUUCUUCUACGUUGGAUUUCUCUUUAAUAUGGCAUUGAACGUCACUGGAAAAUAAUGAGUCAGAUUUGCUCUUUUCUUUUUAGGAGCCAACAGAGAAACCUGACCAUUAUCCCUUAUGAUCCCUUACAUUUCUCCUAUUAAAUGCCAUUGUAAUCGUUCUAGCAAUGUCCCGCUGUGACAUCAAAGCAUGACACAACCACUAACUUUUCACAGGAAUAAAGCAAAUACAGUCCCAGCCAACAAAUUAGUACCAGAAUCACUAAACACAUCACAAAUAAAUCAAUAAAAACAUAUUGUCUUGGGAGUUAGCACGUUUGCCUUUCACGCCCAGGGUGGAGGGUUCGAUUCCUGCCUCUGCCCCUUGUGUGUGGAGUUGUUUGUAUGCCCUGCGCUUUGGGGGUUUCCUCCAGGUACUCUGGUUUCCUUCCCCAGUCCAAAGGCAUGCGUUAUAGGCUGAAGGGCAUCUCUAAAUUGUCUGUAGUGAGUGAAUGGUGUGAUUGUGGUGUGAUUGUGCCCUGUGGUGGCUUGGCACCCUUGCUAGGGUGUCCCCUGGGAUAGGCUCCAGGCUCCCCGUGACCCUGUGUAGAAUAAAUGAUACAGAAAAUGGAUGGAAAUUGUCCGUUGUGUGUGAAUAUGUGUGAUCGUGCCCUGCGAUGGGUUGUCACCCUGUACAGGGUGUCUCCUGGGAUAGGCUCCAGGCUCGCUGCGACCUUGUGUAGGAUAAACGACGCAGAAAAUUUAUGGAAAUUGUCCGUAGUGUGUGAAUGUGUGUGAUUGUGCCCUGCAAUGGGUUGGCACCCUGUCCACCCUGGGUCUCCCCUGCCUGGGAUAGGCUCCAGGUUCCCUUCGACCCUGUAUAGCGUAAGCGGUACAUUAAAUGGAUGGAUGGAUGGAUGGAUGGACAUAUUGUCUUUGUCAGGGUGGAGCUUUCCCUUUAAUGACUUACUUGUCAGUACAGAAUCCGUUGAUGUAUUGCAUGCUCAUGAUUUUGUUUUAAUACUGUAAAAAUAAAGGGCAACCUUGAAUUGCCCUCCUAUAUUUGCCAGUUUAUUUGCACAGUGUCAGUGCCAGCGUGCACACACUGUAUCUGUAUCUGUAACUGUAACUGCAGCUCACACACACAGACACAGACAUACACAGUGUAAAAUCCAGCUGAGCUGGUGUUGGUGUGCAGUGGAUUUGAGGUAAUUAAAUGAGAGCAGGGUGCAUGGGGGCAGGAUGGCGUCUGCGUGCUGCCCUCACUGGCCGUGUCCGUGUGAUCAGCUCCUCAAGUCGGCACAUUUCGGAGAGGAAACGAGCCGCGAGCACGAGGAGCACACCGACACCACUUCCCUGCCAACAAACAUGGACAUAGCGCUUUUAAAAGAGCAGUACAACUCCAUCAGGGACAAGCAGAAACGCCAAACCAGGGUGAUCUGUUUUGCAAAAGCACCAGCCACCAAUGAGGAGGUCUCUGGAAAAUCCCUGGUCAACGUGGUUCCCAUGCGACAGGUCCGACAUACCCUUAUGAGACAGGCAUCUGUCCAAGAACCUCAGUUUGACUUUGUCAGGGACCCAGACAAUGCCACGUGGCGCACGCACCUGGGAAUGUACCGCAGGACCUGCUCGAUUCCUGACACCAAUCAGUCUCAGCCCAGCAACCACAAGACCAGCACUGGAGACUCAACAUCAACCUCUACAGAUAACACAGUGCACAGUGUGGAGGUCACAGAUUCAAGUGAUCAGUUAUCUGAGGACUGUGAAGGUUAUGGUAAUACACAUCAUCUCGGCAACAUAGUGCAGAUUGAUUGUGGAUCUGAGAGUUUCAGGAAGUUUUCUGCACCUGCAGUGUUGUCCAGACAGUUGAGCUGUGGGAGCUACCGGUCUCCUCAUCCCCCUGUGAGUCAAUUCUACCCCUUCCCCCAGCUCAAAUGUCCCAAGAAGUCUGAGGCAGCACGCAGGCUUGGGCUUUACUCUUCAUUCUAACAACAUGGCUUAAAUGCGGGAAAAAAAAAACAAGGGCUGUGCAAUAUUGCUUUCAUACUUAAACCAGAAAUACAUUCAUUUACAAUAACAAUUUUCCUGCAGCAAUAAAGUGGUGACAGCAGUGAAUUCUGUCUAUUUGCAUUCAUCAAAAUGGCUGAAAGUAUCAAAUCAUCUAAAUGUGUUAAUUCCAGGUGUCAUGCCUGGUUGAUCUAGAUGUGCAUUUUUUAAUAUUCUGUAAUACAGUAGCAGUCUGAUUAAUAAAAAUUGUAAAGCAUUCAUACUGUUUAUAUUAUACACAUUCAUAUAAACAAGUAAUUCUUUAUGUAUUGAUGCUGGAGGAAGUAUAGCAUUCUAAAAGGCUGCUUUGUCAGUGAAGUGUGUGUGUGUGUGUGUGUAUGUAAUUUACUUAUCUCAAUCAUCUUGUCUUUCAAUCAUCAAGAAACUGCACACUUGGUCAGUAUUUUAAUGCUUUAGUUGCAUAAUUAAUGCAAAUGUUUAAUUAUUCAUGAUUAAAACACACAGACACCAAGAAGAGCAUGGAAAAAUUCAUACUUUGGUAGUCAAAAUAUUGGCAACAUCUUCACCUCCUGAUUAGCCUGGUUUUGAAUCAAGAGUUGUAUUUCUUGAAUGCUUGUUCAUCACAUUAGUUAUGCCAUACCAUAACUUUUAAGUGAAGUUUUUCUUGCAAGAGGGGUUCUGCAUUUCUUCCCGCAAGCCUUAGACAUCCUUUAUAACUGCACACAUGCUCUGAAAAUAAAAAUGUUUUACAAGUUGUUUGCUCUUUUUAACUCAAGGCAGUUAAUAUUAACCAGCUGUAGUGAGGGUUUCACCGAGCUGCUUUAAGUGAAGUGCCUUGCUCAAGGUCACAGUGUCAACAGGACUGAAUAUUGGUUACACUGUAUUCAAGUUACAGCCAAUAAAAUUAAUGAAAUGCAGUGGCAGUAGUGUCCUAUGUAUGUCUACAGAUCUGAAAGGAUAAUUAAUUACAAUUUAAAUCAGAUGGGUCCAACACAUUUGAGGUUGUGCUUUUCUGUCUAGGCAAGUUAUCAAAUAAGUUUAAGCCUUUAAUGCUGGGAAUAAACUGCAGUACUGUGACCAGUGACAGAAUUUGGACAUAAAUUAUGUUAAAUUGUGGUUGUCCUAAAUACUAACUUCUGUAUAGACAAAGACUGUACUGUAGCAUACUACAUGAUUAUUCAGCAAAUUAAAAGCUGCAAAUAUCAAA